AUGGCAGCGCGGCUCAGGAUGCAGUCUUGUCUCCUCCUUAGACUCGGGAGGCUGCGUGAUGCCAAGGCAGUAGGCUGCCUGCCACGCUUCGGGCACAUUGCACCAACAGUAUCCAUGCCGCUGCCCAGCGCAGCCAGACGGUUCCAGGCGACAGCCACAAGCAAGGCCAUGAAAACCGUCGAAGAAGAGCUGCUGGAAUACGACGAGGACGAAGACGAAGCGGAGGAGGACGAGUCACUGCUUCCCCCUUGGCGGCAGUUGAAGCCUUGGAGAUGGGAGCAGGCCAACACGGAAGCCGGCUUCAUGGGCAUGUUCAAUCUUCCCCACGUGGAGACAGACGAGGCGGGACGGAGCUACAUCAUCGGCAUCUUCGCCUUUGGCGUGGUCGUGUUCUUCUGCUUCGUGUGGUGGGGUCCUCCAGAAGCUCGGGCGCCGUUUCGUUUCACCUCAGCUCGACGUGAUGGCCCAGCGCAGGGCUAG